CUGGGCUGUCUGUCCACCUGACAGGAGGUUGGAAGUAAAUCAGCCAGUGGAUCGGCUUGAACCACCACCAUUCAAAUAUAUUUUUGUUUUUGCAGAAAGGAAACCAUGAGCGCAAUCCAUGACGAACAACAACAUCGCAGCAUUGCAGCCAACGCAAAGUUUGUGCUGUGUCUCCUUGCCAUCGAGGGUGUGAAUUUGCUACCCUAGCUAGAGGUGUUCAAGUCCAAGAAGCUUCAUUAGAAGCCAACAUAUAUCUAUUACAAUGAAGAUCAAGACACUGUCCCGAUCUCAAAACUCGGUCGAACGAGAAUGUUCUGGUGACUUGCGUCGUGAAUCUCGCAACCUGAAUCCCCAGUAUCAUCCGAUGCAGCGAUCGCGAGAAUACGUCCGUGCCGUCCAAUCUGCCAAGCUGGAUCGAAUGUUUGCGGCGCCCUUGAUUGGCAAUUUGGGUGAAGGGCAUAUUGACGCUGUUACGGUAUCGGCACUCAGUCGAAGAUCCUUGCUGCCCUUGGUCAGUGGCGGUGCCGAUGGAGUCUUGAAAUUGUGGGAUUUGGCCACUCGUACCAGCGUAGCCACGUUGGAAGGAGGUCAUUCGAGGACUGUCACCGGUGUGGUCUUUGAUAUUGAAGGAGAUCGAUUCUACAGUUGUGGGGACGAUGGUUUGGUCCGACAAUGGUCGAUUCAUGCCGUGCAACGACAACAAUCUGAUAGUGACGAGGAGGACGACAGUAUUACCAAAGGACCCUAUCAUGGCCCUUUGGAGACUUGGCGCACGCCUGGGUCUUUCAAAUCCAUGGAUCAUCAUUGGAUGGACCAUGAGUUUGCCACUGCCUCGGAUGAAGCGGUCUGUAUUUGGUCACCAGAGCGGUCCACACCCCUGCAAACACACUCUGAUCUAUGGGGAUCGGACGACACGGUCAGUGUAGUUCGAUACAAUCCUGCCGAACGAUGCUUAUUGGCACACUGUUCCGCAGACAGAGGGGUUGGAUUGCAUGACACUCGAGCCUCCAAAGCCUUGAAAAAGACUGUCUUGCGCAUGAGAUCCAAUGCCCUCGAAUGGAAUCCCAUGGAACCCAUGAACUUUUGUGUCGCCAAUGAAGAUUACAAUGCCUACACAUUUGAUAUGCGAAAGCUGAAUUCUCCCACACGCAUCUACAAAGGACACACUUCGGCCGUCAUGACCGUGGGGUGGUCACCAACCGGUCGAGAGUUUGUCACGGGCAGUUAUGAUCGGACCUUGCGGAUCUUUCCGACCAACAUGGGGUACUCCCGAGAAAUCUACCACACCAAACGAAUGCAACGAGUGUUCACAGUACAAUAUACCAUGGAUCAUAGGUUUGUGGUAUCUGGUAGCGACGACUCGAAUUUGAGGUUGUGGAAAGCGCGAGCCAGUGAGCAACUGGGACAGCGAACCACCAGGGAGGAAGCUGCCCGAGACUAUCGUCAAGCACUCAUUAAGAAACAUCAGCACUUGCCCGAAGUACGAGGCAUUUACAAAUCACGAAAGGUCCCCAAGGUCAUUCAGAAACUGUCCGCACAGGCCAGAAUCCAAAAGGACAGCGCCAAGCGAAAGCAAGAGAAUCGCAUCAAACACAGCAAGCCGGGCACUUAUCAGCGCGAGAAUGAUCGCAAAAAGGCUGUCGUCAAGGAAGUUGAUUAAUGAUGUAUCUAUUAAUAGUAGUUACCGUAUGCUUCAACACUUC